UUGGUCUGAAAACUUAAUAAAUGACUGUAGAGUGACAGGCAAACAUUCUCUCAUUAGAUGGCAGCAGAUGGACAAAACAAUUUAAAGGGUGACACGGAGCUACUGCUGUUGUUCAUGUAAUCUACUUAUUCACAAAGUGUUGCAUUGUGUUCAGCUGAAAUCAGAUCAUCAUUGUAUUUUGUUUACUGCUGCGCUGUGGAAUGUAAAAUAUAUGUCCUGCGGCUCAAAAAGGCCUGAUUUACAAAAUACAGUUUAUUCAAAAACACAGGGCCAAAAACUACUUCAAAUGCACUUUUAAUUAACCUUAGUUAAUAAGGUAAACAUAAGGUAAACUUUCAGCACACUCUGACUAAACUUAACUAAAAAGACCAGGGCUUUUAUUUUUGUAAUUUUUCUGACCUGUGUAGAACAUGUAUAAUUGGGAGGACAUAAUUUUCUAUAAAUAUCUUAUCCCCUGUACUACUUUACUGUGGAUGAUACAGGUUUGUUUAUUUUUGUUUUUGAAUGUGAGCUCUUGCAAAACUCCACAGAGUAAUACAAUGAACCAAUCCCCACCAAACUCUCAUGAAUAUUCAAAUACCAUAGGCCGUGCUGACAGCUGUAUGUUGAAGUCCUAUACGUACACUGACUGAUGUACUGACAAUGCAAAAUCAUUCUUAAAGAUGUUCCACAUAACUAAAGCUCUUGGCGGCGUUUUGAAAAGUAUUAAUUCAUAAAUCAUCCUGCAUCUAUUUCCAUAACUAGAACCUUUAUGGAAAUGAAGACUGGGGCUUUGUAUAUCAAGGCUGUCACUGCUUGUUAAAAGCACAGAGUAAUCGCCGUACUGUAGGUACAGUAUCACAUUUCUAUCGUAAAGUGAUACUGACAGCCAUGAAAUCUUUUUGUGUUUUUUUGUUUCUAUGUGCAGUGACCGUGUCCACCGUCCUCGCCUCUGAAUUUCACCUGGAGGGAGAUUAUUUGAUAGGUGGACUUUUUGAUAUUCACUACGGCGACACUUCUUCUCAGAGUGACAGACCAGAGGGCAUUGACUGUGCCAGUCACACCUUUGUCCCAACAAGUUACCGCAGGUUUCAAUUGAUGAGAUUCGCUGUAGAGGAAAUUAACAACUCCACCACACUCCUGCCCAAUGUGACACUUGGAUAUGAAAUAUUCGACCACUGCACCGUGUCCCAGAACUUCCCAGAGAUUCUUGAUCUCAUCUCAGUCAAUGGUUCAGUGUUCCCAUGGGGAGAGCUACAGAGAGAUCUGUCCAAAUACUCCAAAGUGAUGGCAGUGGUUGGACCCUUUUCAAGCAGUGAGACGUGGACCAUUGCUCCUCUGUUCAUGAUGGAUCUAAUCCCUUUGGUCAGUUAUGGAGCUGCCAGCUCAGAUUUUUCAGAGAAAGUGAAAUUUCCCUCCUUUCUUCGGACAGUACACUCCAACAAGGUCAUCAUCGACGUGAUCGUUAGCAUCAUACUGCAUUUCAAAUGGCGCUGGGUUGCUUUUCUGAACAGUGAUGACGAUUUUGGCAACAACGGCCUGGAGUUGUUUAUAAGUCGGAUCAAGGACACCGACAUCUGCUUAGCUUACAAAACCAAGCUCAAUGGUCAGAAAAAACACUCAAGGAUAUUUAAAGAUAUCGAGGCCCAAGGGGUGAAGAUCAUUAUUGUUUUUGCUGUAGAUAUAAGAGCUGAGGCUCUCGUCCAGUCAGCCAUUCAGCUAAAUGUAACCAACAAGGUGUGGAUUGCAGGAGACACCUGGUCCCUGAAUGAGAACCUUCUCAAAAUGAAAGACAUCAGAAAUAUUGGAACUGUUCUCGGGGUGUCGCAGUCAGUGAUGACGAUACCUGGUUUCAGUGAAUUUAUUUAUUCGUCCAAAUAUCAGUCUUACAGUGAAACUGAAGAAGAGACAAAGUUUUGUAACCAGGUUUGCAACUGCAGCAGCCUGAGUCCAGAGGAGCUGAAUUCUCUGGACCCGUCUUUCUCUUUUGCCGUUUAUUCUGCCACGUAUGCUGUCGCUCAUGCUUUGCACAAUGUCUUGCAAUGUGGAGUUGGAAAAUGUAGUGGCAAUACUACAGUGUUCCCACACAGGGUUCUAGCAGAGCUGAAAAAGUCAGACUUUGUGCUUCUGAAUCACAGCAUUAGCUUUGACCGUGAUGGUGACCCUCAGUUUGGAUCCUACUCCAUAGUGUUUUGGAACAAGAGCGGUGACGUACAGGAUGUCGGUUUUUACAGUUUUCACCCAUCUGUCCAUUCUUUCAUCAACGACAGCAGCAUUGAGUGGCACACAGAUGGAGAGGUGCCGACUUCACUGUGUUCUCCAGAAUGUCCUGUAGGAUAUGCAAAGCAUCAGGAUGGAAUCCAUGAGUGUUGCUUCUCCUGUGAGAUCUGUCCUGAGGGAAGUUAUAUCAACACUACAGAGGAUCCUCACAAUUGCAUCUCGUGUUCUAAGAUGGAAUGGUCUGUUGAAGGGAGUACGUCAUGCAACCUGCGGACGAUAGAGUUCAUCCCAUUCACAGAUGGCCUGGCUAUAUCGAUCAUGUUCGGGGCCUGUGCAUUGGUGGUCAUCACAGCUUUCAUUUCUGUUCUCUUCACCAUCAACUACAACACUCCUGUGGUCAGAUCUGCUGGAGGACCGAUGUGCUUCCUCAUCUUAGGCUGCCUGAGUCUGUGCAGUGUCAGCGUGUUCUUUUAUUUUGACAAACCUACGUUUAGUUUCUGUAUCCUCAGGUACUUCCCUUUUAUUCUGCUCUACACCCUCUGUAUUGCAUGCUUUGUCGUACGCUCCUUUCAAAUUGUUUGUAUUUUCAAAAUAAGCGCCAAGUUUCCAGACAUCCAGAGUUGGUGGACGAAAUAUCACGGACAAUGGCUGAUCAUCACUGUGAUAUUUUUUAUUCAGGGAUUUUUGCUCACAUUUGGCUUCUUAUUUAAUCCCCCACAACAGUACAAUGAAACACAGUGGUACCCUGACAAAAUCAUACUUAGCUGUGAGAUUAAUUUGAAAACAUACUCUGGUUCUUUUGUUUUUCUUUUAUUUCUGUGUUCUCUUUGCUUCAUUUUCUCCUACAUGGGAAAAGACCUUCCCAAAAAUUACAACGAGGCCAAAGCCAUAACUUUCUGCCUGAUGCUACUGAUCGCCACGUGGGUUCUUUUUCUCACUGAAUACAUGCUUUACCGUGGUGUUUCAAUCAUUAGUCAUAAUGCUGUGGCACUACUUUCCAGCCUCUACUCCUUCCUAAUGUGGUAUUUCCUGCCAAAAUGUUACAUUAUUAUCUUUCAACCUCAGAAAAACACACCACAGUAUUUUCAAGGUCUCAUUCAGAGUUACACCAAAACUAUUAGCCAAUAGCAGACCAAGAAUCAUUUUGGCUGUUUAUGUUAAAUCCAUCCAUGCAUUUAUUACACAAGAGAUUCCCGACCACUGUGCUACUGCACAUUAACGUGCCACGAGAGCUCGUCAGGUGGACCAUAGAAAUGUAUCCAAUGGCAAUAGGUUUGCUGGAAAUUAUUUGUCAAAAGAAAAUAUUCUUCCACUAGGUGGCAAGAGAUGGCUAUAAAAGCAAUACAAAACAAUUAAAUAAAAAUAAAUAAAUAAAUAAGUGUAAUCCACAGCUGCUGAAAGUCUUUUUAUGCAUCUCCUGUGAGCAUAUCAGGGUUGUGUUCAACUAAACAGGCCCAGAUGUCACAUUAAGUAUAUAAAUUGUAACUGUAGUAAGAUGAUAGUUCUAUUUAAUUAUAUAUAUAUAUAUAUAGUAUUUCUAACAGAAACUUUGAGUUUUUCAUACAUUUAUGUAAAAAUUCAUGAAGUCCUUUUUGUACCACCAGGCUGUUUUGUUAGUAAGAUUUCAACACAUGGAAUGCAUUAUUAACACCAAUGAUGGUUUCAGUAAGGUAGCACAAUGCCAAUACUGUUGAGAUAUCUGUUCAUUUAUUACUUUCUCCCACUGCCUAGUUGCAAAUCCUCCUCUCUACCACAAAUCACCUGUGUGUGUUUUCACAGAAAAGUAUACAUUAGUUUCAGUUCAUAUCAAAUGCAUUAUUAAAAUAAAAGUCUUUGUCAGACAUGAUGUCAAUGCUGAGUAUAAUUUCAAACAUGUUAGCCUCUGAGUGAGCGGCAGCCACAGUAGAUGCAGUAAAUAAAUAAUCACACAAUCAUGUGGAGACACAGCUUAUUGACGAAGGUAAGUGUUUACCCUGGGUAUGUGGCUGUAAAUCAACCCCAUUUUAAAUCUGUAAACCAGUGGUUCUGAAACUGUGGUAUGUGUACCCCCAGUGGUACGUGAGUGCUCUGUAGUGGUAUGUGGGGAAAA